GCAGUCAGAGCAACAGCAAACAACAAAUAAAUAAAUUUUCAAAAAAUGUCUUCACUACAAAUGUCGGAAAUGUCCAAGACCUAUCAGUACCGCAAGGUGAUGAAACCCAUGCUGGAGAGGAAGCGUCGGGCACGCAUUAACAAAUGCCUGGAUGAGCUUAAAGAUCUAAUGGUGGCCACAUUGGAAUCGGAGGGUGAACAUGUCACCCGGCUGGAGAAGGCCGAUAUCUUGGAGCUGACAGUGACCCAUCUGCAAAAGAUGAAACAGCAACGCCAACACAAACGAGCCAAUGGCGAGGAGUCUACUCUCAGUCCAGCCGAAGGAUUCCGUUCUGGUUACAUUCAUGCCGUCAACGAAGUAUCCCGUUCCCUAUCCCAAUUGCCAGGCGUCAAUGUCAGCCUGGGCACUCAAUUGAUGACACAUUUGGGUCAGCGACUGAAUCAACUGCAACCAGCCGUAAAGGAAGUCCUACCCAUAACUGCUCCACUCUCCGUACACAUUGCCAGCCGGGAGGCCUACUCAGUGCCCAUUUCACCCAUCUCCAGUUAUGCCGGUAGUCCCAAUUCAAGUGUGGCCAGUGCUUCGCUUCUAACCACAUGCGGAUCAUCAAGUCAAAUUAGCAAAAUCGAUGAAAUGGACAGCGAGGAUGAGGAGAAUGUCUGGCGACCUUGGUAGAUCCAUUUACCAGAACACCUUAGAAAAAGAAUUAUAACAAUGUCUUCCAUUUAGUUUAUAAGUACGAAAAGAUAAAAAACAACAAAAGCUUUAAACCGAGGCCCAGAUCAGA